AUGUCAAUGGGUAUGGAGAUCGUGGGCAUUGCCUUUGGAGUCAUUGGUUUUCUUAUAGCCAUAUUAUCAUGUGCCCUACCAAUGUGGAGGGUGACUGCCUUCAUCGGCGCUAACAUCGUCACUGCUCAGAUCAUCCAGGAGGGUUUGUGGAUGAGCUGUGUUGUCCAGAGCACAGGUCAGAUGCAGUGCAAGGUCUACGACUCGAUGUUGGCCUUGUCUCAGGAUCUGCAGGCAUCCAGAGCAAUGAUGGUUGUUGCCAUUAUACUCGGAGUGCUGGGCGUCAUGAUCUCCAUAGUCGGCGCCAAGUGCACCAACUGCAUUGAAGACGAAGGAAGCAAAGCCAAAGUGAUGAUCAUUGCUGGAGUCUUCUUCAUCCUCGGUGGCCUCUUGGUUCUCAUCCCUGUUUCUUGGACUGCCAAUGUUAUCAUCAUGAAUUUCUACAACCCUACUCUGCUCACUUCUCAGAAGAUGGAGCUAGGGGCGUCGCUCUACAUAGGCUGGGCGUCAGCCGGACUGUUUCUGAUCGGAGGGGCGAUGUUGUGCAGUAGCUGCCCACCAAAAGAAAAGAAAUAUCUGCCACCCAGGAUGGGGUACUCGGCCCCACGCAGCAUUAGUGCAGGUACAGGAUAUGACAAGAAAGACUACGUCUGA